CCCGGGAUCCUCGACAUCGUCUGACACCGAUACGGCUCGGUGUGCGUGGCCAUGGAGGCGCUGGACCAGCUGCUGCUGGCCUGCCACUGCCAGAGCAUCAACCUCUUCGUCCAGAGCUUCCUCACCAUGGUGGCCAAACUCCUGGAGUCGGAAAAGCCCGACCUCCAAAUCCUGGGAACCAACUCCUUUGUGAAGUUUGCCAACAUUGAGGAGGACACGCCCUCGUACCACCGCAGCUACGACUUCUUCGUGUCGCGCUUCAGCGAGAUGUGCCACUCCGGCCACGCCGACCCCGACGUGCGCGCCAGGAUCCGGAUGUCGGGGAUCCGGGGGCUCCAGGGCGUCGUGCGCAAGACGGUGCAGGACGAGCUCCAGGCCAACAUCUGGGAACCGCAGCACAUGGAGAAAAUCGUCCCCGCCCUCCUCUUCAACCUCCAGCAGCCACAGCCACAGCCCAGCCGCUCUCCGUCGCCGCUCCAGGCGGCCGAGAAGGAGCAGGAGACUCCGUGGGAAUUGGCCGAGCGCUGUCUCCGGGAAUUGUUGGGAAGAGCGGCCUUUGGGAAUAUCAAGAACGCCAUCAAGCCCGUCCUCACGCACCUGGACCAUCACUCGCUGUGGGAGCCGCAGCUCUUCGCCCGCUCCUGCUUCCGGAUCAUCAUGUUCUCCAUCCAGCCCCAGCAUUCCCACCUGGUGAUCCAGCAGCUCCUGGGUCACCUGGACGCCAACAGCCGGAGCGCGGCGCCGAUCCGGGCCGGAAUCGUUGAGGUGCUCUCGGAAGCCGCCGUCAUCGCCGCCUCCGGAUCCGUGGGCCCCACGGUGCUGGAAGUGUUCAACACGCUCCUGCGGCAGCUCCGCCUCAGCGCCGAGCUCAGCUCCCAGCUCAGCCCCGGGCCCGGCUCCGAGCCCCGGCUGCGCCAGGAGCGGCUCCUGCAGGAGGCCGUCAUCAAAACCAUCGGUUCGUUCUCGUCGCGGCUGCCGCCGUACCAGCGUUCCGAGGUGAUGCUUUUCAUCAUCAACAAAAUUCCCAUUCCCGACUCCCGGCAUUCCCUGGAGCCCGGAGCCCAGCGGGAGAACCGGACCCGGCUGACGCAGCUGACGCUCCUGAAAUCCCUGCUCCAGGUUUCGGCGGGAUUCCAGAGCAGCAGCCUCCUCACCGCUCUCCCCAGCGCCUUCCUGGACCGGCUCCUCUCGGCCGCGCUCCUGGAGGAUCCCGAAAUCCGAAUUUUUGUCCUGGAAAUUCUCUGCAGCUUCAUCGAUCGCCACGGCAACGGCCCCAGCUUCAGUCCCGCCAGCUCCGUCAGCGACGUCUCCGUGCUGAAGCUGAAGGUGGAGAAAUGUUCCCGCCAGGAUUCCGUCUUCAUGAAGAAGCACGGCCCGCAGCUCUUCCGGCACAUUUUCCUGCUCUCCCGGGAAGGGAACAAUUCCCGGGAACAUUUCCAGGCCCUUUUCCGACUCCUGGCGCUGCUGAGCCUGGAGCUGGCCAGCGAUGACGUCAUCGUCGACCUGGUGCGCCUCGUGCUCGCCCUGCAG